AUGAAGAAUGGGAGAUUCGAACAGUCGAGCGUACCCAAACGGAGCCAUAAACGCAAAGCCAAGACGGCACCCCCCAUCAUCCCACUCCCGCGGCUACAAACGACACCACUGUCAGGCCCAGUCCUCGAAAUCGACGUGCUGCCCAUCCCCACGAUGGAAGAACGAAUAGGACUCACCUGGGUCGUCGACAACCGCCCACGCCACCAGCUCGCCUGCUCGACGCUGGUCAAACUACGCACAAGCACCCAGCUGUCAGGAGUAGGGCGCCUGGCCCAGAUCGUCACCCUGAGAAAACAUUGGGCAACGUUCUCCAUAACGGGCAGUCAGGUCACGUGCAGCCUACGUGUCCCAAUCCCAUGGACACGCCUUAGCGCUCUCGAGAGCCACGCGCAUACCAAACACUACCCGAAUCUCCCUUCCACCCCGCGACCACACCUCGCCUUCCGCUCCCUACCACCCUUCCUAAACGACCUCGAAAGUCCGUACGAAUUCGAUACAUGGGACGAUGAACAACCUGGCGCGGAAGCCAGCCUCACGCAGAUCACCAACGCGGCGAGAAAACGCAGACCUCGCACCGAAAAAACGGCAACAACACCCGAGCCGAACAACGACACCGAAGAUGACACGAACGCCCCACGUCAAAGCACCAUCACGGACGAAAUGGAUGAAGGGACGGAAUGGGAAGGAGAGAAGUGA